AUGAGCGAAGUUGCCUGGAGUAAGAAUCGUAGCUGCAUUUCCUAUAGAUCUGAUGCUCUGACUCAGGGUUUGGAGCAUCUCCGGGGCUUGAUCUUGGAAGAUGGCCGUAAAGGCACCAUCCAGUGCCCUCACAACCAGUGCUGUUUUGGCAUCUGGAACUGGACCCAAGGACAACUUCAAGCCAAGCUGCAAGGUUGCUGGAUGAGCGAAAACGAACCCUGCGAUUCUCCGGCCUGUGAGUCUCAGUCCGCUACCCUCAUGUUGUCCUGUAGGUGUCGCUCUGAUCUGUGUAACGCCAAUAUCAGCUAUGCUGGGCCUGGAGAGAGGCCGGCGGAGUCUUUGCCUAGCCCCAGUGGGACCUUCUGGAUCAUCGCAGCCUGCCCUGUUCUGUUCUUCCUGGGUUUUCUGAUGUUUCUAGUUCUAAGGCACUGGAAAGUCCCUGCAAUGCUAAUAAGCGUAGAAGAAAACAGGGAGCUGAACAAGGUCACCGCAGCCACAGAGCAAAAGGACAAGCGAAAACUGCCCAGCCAGGAGCUUCCAGACCUCCAGUUCCUUCAGAUUCUCCAUGAUGGGCAGUUCUCCAAGCUGUGGCAAGGAACGUUCCACCAGCAGCCGGUAGCCAUCAAGGCCUUUCCCCCUUUGUGCUACCGGCAAUUUGCAUCUGAGUGGGCUGUGCACAGCCUCCCGCUGAUGAGCCAUGACAAUGUGGUACGGCUUGUGGCUGCUGGGUGUGGAGGGCCAAAUGAAGAACAGGACGGCCUCCUGGUGCUGACACUGUACCCACUGGGAUCCCUGCGACAUUUUCUCAGUCAGUGUGUUUGUUCCUGGGACAUUGCCAUCCGGCUAGGAUCAUCCCUUGCCAGGGGCCUUGCUUUCUUACAUGGGGAGCAGUGGAAGGAAGGUCUGCAUAAACCAGGGGUGGCACAUCGAGACCUGAGCAGCCAGAACGUCCUGGUGCGGGAGGACAGGACCUGCGCCAUCACCGAUUUUGGCCUCGCCAUGACCUUGCCUGCGUGCCACGAGCGGUGGAGGGAGGGCCCCACGGAAGGCAUCGUCCGCAAGGCAGGGGCCCCACGCUACAUUGCUCCCGAAAUUCUGGACGAGAGCCUGAACCUGCAAGACUUGGGCUCGGCUUUGAGGCAGGCCGACGUCUACUCCCUGGCCCUGGUGCUGUGGGAAAUCCUGAUGCGAUGCUCAGCACUCUUCCCAGAGUACAGGAUCCCUGAAUUCCAGUUGGCUUAUGAAGCUGAACUGGGCAGCAACCCUACAUACAGUGAUCUGCGGAGGCUGGCAGUUGAGGAAAGGGGGAGACCAGCGAUUCCACCAGCUUGGAGAAGAUUUGGGCAGGUUGCUGCUGUCUUACAGGAGCUCCUAGAGGACUGCUGGGAUCCGGAACCGGAGGCUCGCCUGCAAGCAGAGUGCGCCCAGCAGCGGCUACAGCAGCUGGCUGCCGAGGAUGUGGUGAAAGAGUACUGA